AUGGCGGAGUCACUCGUCAACAAUCCCACUGUGCGCGCCGCUGCUCCCGCCGCCGUGUCCAGGCACUCUCCAGGACCCGAGGGAGCUUUCGCUCCAGUGAAGCAAGAAGAAUGGCGGGUUCUCAGAAAUGCGUCGCCGGCCGACGCCACCGCCGGAUGGCCGCCGCCGCCGCCGCCGCCGCCCCCGCCUGUCCGCGGCCGGAAGGACGGCGUCGCCCCCGGCUUCGAAAUAACGAGCGCGCAUUGUGGGACGGCAGCGGCUGUCAAAGCUGCCACGGCCGCUGACGGUAUUGUGCCGGGCGGCGCGCGCUGCACCCCGAGUCCAGCCGGCGCUGUCUCCGCCCCCUGCUAA